GAGUUUUGUUUACAUUGUUUGUUCUGAAAUAUCCUUCAUUCCAUCAAUACAUGCCCAAUGGAGCGACGCAUUGAGGAACAGAUCUGGAAUCAGUGCUCUAAGCUGCUGUUGCCAUCCAAAGUGUCUGCGUGGAACUUAUUUGAUAAGUACAUUCGACAACCUUAUUUAGAGCCUCAUCGGCAUUAUCACAACUUAAAUCACAUUCGAGCCCUGCUUAUGGAGCUUGAGGCCUACAUCCAAGUGCGGUCAAGCAACUCAAAGGGGGUUUCCCUUUGCUCGUCGGAGCUUUCCUCACAACGCUGGGGUGAUUUGGCGGUCGUCCUCGCGAUUUUCUUUCACGAUGCGGUGUAUAAUCCCACCAGUAAGGUUAAUGAGGAGGAUAGUGUGGGCUUAUUACGGCGGUUUUUAUCCGAAGCUAAGGAUUUGUGGGAAGGUCAAACGCGCCACAAGGGAGGGAAUCCUCCAAACGACGAUUCCACGCCACCCGUUCUUUGGUUGGAUUUGCCUUCGGUCGCGUACGUCGAACGCGAGGCGGCGCGUUUUAUCAUGGGAACGAAAAACCACUUCGAGCCCUCCUCUAGCUCAUCCCCCACUUCCCUAUCAGAUCUCGCGAUUCAUCCUGGAAGCAGCGAAGGCACCGUGGUGGAAGAGGAUCUGAUCAAUCCGCUGCAUUUGGUGCUCGACCUCGAUUUAACGGUGUUUGGUUCACCAUGGAAGGGUUACGUGAACUACGUGGAGGCGAUUCGGAUGGAGUAUCAAUUUUACUCGGACAUAACUUUUAUGAACGCUCGCUAUGAUUUUAUCCAACACGUAUUGGAUCAGCCACGGGUGUUUAAGACACGUUAUUUUUACGAUAAAUACGAACGGGUCGCCUUUGAAAAUCUAAAACGGGAACAAGAGGAGAUGCGAAAGGCGAUAUCAGCGGGGAGGUUUUAUCUUUCUUUGAAUUAAUGGAUCUUAGUCGUGUAAUUUCUGUUCUUUCAAUCAUUGAACUAUGUCCUUGUGUAGCAUUUAGUUUUCGUCUAUCUUCCAAUUUAUAAGAAUACUUUGCCAUCACACUGUGUAUCAAUGCUCGGAUAAGGCGGA